GCCGGGGGCGAGGAAACGCGGAGUCAGCUGCUCUCGGAGCCCCGCAGGCUGCAAUGUGACACCCACAGCCGCGGGAGGGGGUGGGGGAAGGCGGCGCCCGGAGACUGGGACGGGGGAGACCGAGACACAGGGAGAGAUGGGGACGAAGGAAAGGCGCGAGAGACACAGCCACUCGGAGUACUCGGGCUUGCUCCGCGGAGACUGGGGAUCGGGAGUAAGGGGGGAGACGGAGACCGAGAGGGAUGUAGAGGGUGCCAGAGAGAGGCCGAGAAGCGAGUUAGAAAUCGGAGCGCUGGAGAGAGAAACUUGAGAGAGGCAGGGCCAGACGGAGACACAGGUAGACACAGGAAGAGACGGGGUGUAAAAGAGGCAGGGAAAGGUGGAGAGACCGACCGGAAGAGGCUGGAAAGAGGACACAAAGCGGUGGGCCCUCCAGAGAGACUCCCUAAGAGAUAUAAAGUAGGGGAGACAGACACAGAGGUGCGUAAGGAGUUGGAGAGAGACCGAAGAGAAGGAGGACAAGAAGUUCCCAGGAUUCCUAGACGAAGACACUCAGGGGAAAAACAAACGAACAAACAGAACACCCAGAGCUAGAGCUGGAGGGGCAUAGCAUUCUCUGAUGAGUGUUGGGCCUUGGGAAGGGGGUGGCAGGUAAGAAUGUGGAGGAGGCACCCAAAGGGACUGGAAUCCAGUGCGGACGCAAAGUCCCUGAGGCUGCAAAGAGCUGAGUGAGUUUUGAGAAGCUGACAGGAGGUGGGACAGGAGUCGGGAGGUGAGGAGCCUUGGGGGCAGAGGGGCCAGAGGCCGAAGCUGGGUAGGGAGUGGAUGACACCAGAACUUGGGGACCUGGGGAACAGGGUUGGAGGGCAGGUCGGCCCUGCUUCCAGUGCCCACCUAGCCCCCCGAGGCCUUGCCUUCUCCUGGCCCACUGUCUGGGGCGGACUGGUUUUGCAGAGCAGUAAUGGUAGAAAAGACUCUGCCACCUUGAACUUCUAACCCAUCUGGAAUUCCAGUCCCACCACCUAAAUGCUGCAGCACCCUGGGCAAGUGGAUUUCUUAAGAAGGGCUACUUGGGUGGCUACUUGGGUAGAGAGCAAAGACUCGAAGUUCCUGACCAUAGUGACAGCCCUAUUUUGCUAAGGGGUGGGGGGGAGCUUCCUGUGUGGCAGGCCCCCUGCUGGGGCCUUACCUAACUCACGGAAUCUGCCCAGCAACGCCCAGAAGCAGAGACGAUGGUUUCCCUCCCCUCACAGAGGGAAACUGAGGCCACGGAUUCUGAGAGACUCACCAAGGGGACACGGCAAGUGGCAGGGCCAGGCUUAGUGUCUGGGUCUGUCCAUUCAUAAUGUUAUUGAGGGGAAACAGAUGGUCUCCGAGAGCCAACAACCAGUGAGCCUGGCACUGCCUAGGGCGAUGGGUGGCCCUGCGCGACCUGAGCCUGCUGUCCCCGCAGUGUCCUCAGCCUGGGGGGGCUGUGUGGAGGUGGACUCGGAGACGGAGGCCGUGUACGGGAUGACCUUCAAAAUCCUGUGCAUCUCCUGCAAGCGCCGCAGCGAGACCACCGCCGAGACCUUCACCGAGUGGACCUUCCGCCAGAAGGGCACAGAGGAGUUUGUCAAGAUCCUGCGCUAUGAGAACGAGGUGCUGCAGCUGGAAGAGGACGAGCGUUUCGAGGGCCGCGUGGUGUGGAACGGCAGCCGGGGCACCAAGGACCUGCAGGACCUGUCCAUCUUCAUCACCAACGUCACCUACAACCACUCGGGCGACUACGAGUGCCACGUCUACCGGCUGCUCUUCUUUGAGAACUACGAGCACAACACCAGCGUCGUCAAAAAGAUCCACCUUGAGGUGGUGGACAAAGCCAACAGAGACAUGGCAUCCAUCGUGUCGGAGAUCAUGAUGUAUGUGCUCAUCGUGGUGUUGACCAUAUGGCUCGUGGCAGAGAUGGUUUAUUGCUACAAGAAGAUCGCCGCGGCCACGGAGGCUGCUGCACAAGAGAAUGCCUCCGAAUACCUGGCCAUCACCUCAGAAAGCAAAGAGAACUGUACGGGCGUCCAGGUGGCCGAAUAGCCCUGGUAAGGCCCUGGGCUCCACCUCAAGGAAGAGCCAGCCCUAAAUGGGGAACAUCUGGGCACAGCCUGCCCCCAGUGGGGGUUGGCCAUUCCCGGGCCUCCACGAGCCUCAGAGUCCUGCCAACGGAGCCGCCAGGGUGGGAGGGGGCAGGGGGCUUGGCUCACACCCCCGAUCCAGCCUACUUCCUCCUGCUCCAUUGCCCACCCACGCCAUGCAUGAUGGGUAAAGCAAUACUGCCGCUGCCCCCACCCCUGCUUCUGCUGCCUGUUUGGGAGGGGGGGCGGUGAGGUGGGGGCAGCGGCUCCGCACCCCUCCUCCUUGCUGAUUUGCACACACUGGCCGCUUCAGAUGCACACUACUGGGGCCCAGCCCCUCCCUGCCCCAGCCCCCACCCGGUGGGGGGUCGUGAUGGGCUGGCACGGUUUGGGGCAGGGGGUUCUGGGGCCCACCCCGACCCCCAGCAACAUUUCCCCUCCUUCCUCUGGCUGGACCUGGGGUCCCCUCUCCCUGUGAUGCACUCUUGCCCCCGGCCCAACCCUGCCCUCUCUCACCAGCCUUGGAUCGUGGCCACUUAGAAAGGGGCCCGGUCAGCCUCGUCUCUCUUCACACAAGUAGUUUUGUUCAUGAAAUAAAGAUUCUUGGACUUGA